CUACAAAGACHUGUUCCUCUAACUGCUCCUUUUUUACUAAUCACGCGAACGCUGGAGCACUGAGACAGCAAUGCGCCAAGAUGAGGUGGAUGUGGUCAAGUACUUUGCAAAUCUUUGCGCAGUCUACGUGGAUGGGGUAAGCGGUGAUGAUGAGCAAGAUCAAGAAGACGUCGGCGGCGGCGAAACUGGCCAGCAGGAUGAUGAAGACGUCAUCGGCUACUUUGCAACCAUCAAUUCGCAGGCCAUUGAAGACAGGGAAUAUGUUUCCCUUCGUGAGGCAGGCGAGUUGGGGGGGGAGGCAGGGCUGAUGGCUUCGAUGGUGGAGAUGGGAGAGAACGACGUCAGUGACAACAACAAUAACAACAACAACAACAACAACAACAACAACAGGCUCAACAACAACAACAACAAUAACAACAAUAACAAAGACGGCGGAAACAGCAACAUGGUUGAGAUGGGAGAGAAAGACGACAACAACCUCCUGCCUGUGGUAGGGCUGAAGACUAUGGCUAAGAUGGACGAGAUGGGAGACGGCAACAACCUCUUGCCUGUGGUAAGGCUGAUGACUACGGCUGAGAUGAACGAGAUGGGAGAGUACAUCAACAACAACAACAACAACAACAACAACAACAACGACAACGACGAAGACAGCAGCGGCAAUCAUGGCAGCAGCUGGGCAGGGUGCGAAGAUGGGGGUGGAGACCAUGGCAGAAGCAGGGCACGGAGUGAUGUUUGCGCAUCCAUGAUCGCCAUCAGCACGGCGGGAGAUAACAACGAUGGUGAUGACAACAUCAACAACAACAACGACAACAACAACAACAACAACAACAACGACAUCGACGACGACAACAACAACAACAACGACAUCGACGACGACAACAACAAUAACGACGAAGAAGACGGCGGCGGCAAUCACGGCAGCAGCAGCGGGGCAGGGAGCGGUACUUGUGCAUCCAUGUUCGCUAUCAGCGCGGUGACCAGUGCCGUGAUCGGUGGCAAAAAUAGGUCUACUACCCUCUCGACCCCCAACCUUGAUAUGGAGUUGAACGCUUUUGUCCGGCAGAGGGGAGGAGUAGGAUAGACGAUGGUGGUUGCUCUCGCGAGGUAUCUUUGUUGUCUGGCAGACGGGUGGAGUUGGAUUGUUGUUGGUGGUUGGUGCUACCUCUCCCCAGGAUAUCAAUUCUUCUGCAGGAGGUCAAUCCUUCCCUCCUGCAGGGAAGCAAUCAAGGCCCCUGUUCUUU